AUGUCCACCUCACAUGGCAUGCUGAUUUACAACAAUGAUAUCACUGCUGAUAGCCUUCUGGACACGAAGGACUGCCGUAAAAUUGUGGAGGAAGUGUCCAGUAAGAUGCCCAACUCCUCCCUUUUCAAACUGGACAGAGAGGACCACACUUUAGCCAACCUUCUUCGCAUGCGAUUGCACGAGAACCCACUUGUGCAUAUUGCAGGUUAUCGCGUGCCACAUCCCACGCAACACCGUGUAGAGCUACGCGUUCAGACAUCCUCCGAUGGCACCGGAAAGCCCAUUCCAACUCCGAAGGAAGCACUCCUGGAGGCGGUCGGAUCGUGCAUGAAAGACCUUGAGGAAUUUGAAGGGGCGUUCCUUCGCGAAGCGCAGAGCAAAGGUUUGGAUGUUGAAUAG